UUGGUUUAAAAAUGCUGGCAAGACUUUGCACUUUUUGACUAGCAACUCGUAUAACAACAUUCAACAUUGACAGCUGUAUUGCAAAUUUGAAGCUCUUAUCUUUUGUAUCUAAUUCUCCUCCACACAGCAUCUAUCUCUGCUACCAGGUCCAUAUACAAAAUAUCUUCCAAACUUACAUAGAUCUCUUCCCCUUAUCUUAUCCAAUGGCUUCAACAAGUUCUCAAACCCGCACUACCUGGGACGUUUUCUUGAGCUUCCGUGGCACAGACACUCGAAUUGGUUUCACGAGUCAUUUAUACUCUGCCCUGGAUCGCAAUGGUAUUCGAACUUUUAUGGAUGAUCCUGAGCUACGUCUUGGAGAUGGGAUCACGGCUGAAUUGCUCAAAGCUAUUCAGGAAUCGGAAAUUUACAUUGUUGUCCUCUCGGUAAAUUAUGCUUCUUCGAGUUGGUGCCUUGAUGAGCUGGUAGAGAUUCUUGAUUGUAAGGAAACAAUGAAAAGAUUGGUUAUUCCUGUGUUUUUCAACAUUGAUCCUUCAGUGGUGCGAUAUCAAAAAGGGAGCUUUGAACAACAUUUUAGAGUGCAUGAAGUUAGAUAUGCGGAUAAAAUGGAAAGAGUGAAGAAUUGGCGCCGUGCACUGGGACAAGUUGCCGAGUAUUCAGGAAAACAUGUAGACGGAACAAAGUCUGAAGCUGAAAUUGUCGACGAAAUUGUCAAGGAGAUUCUGCUACAAAUAAAACCCACUGCUUUAGAUGUUGCCAAAUAUCCAGUUGGGUUGGAAUCCCGCGUGAAAUACAUAACAACAACAUUGUUGAGCAGUAGCACGAGAAGUGUCGUUAAGAUCGGUAUAUAUGGUAUGGGUGGUGUAGGCAAAACAACUCUUGCCAAGGCACUUUUUAAUAAACUCUUGCUAGGAAGCUUUGAAGGAGGUUGCUUCCUUGAAAAUGUGAGGGAAACUUCGGGGAAUGUUAAGGGCCUAGAGUCUUUGCAACAACAACUUAUUAGCGAUGUUCUUAAAAUUAGUAAGGACGCAGUUGAAAUUAGCAGUGUUGGCCAAGGAACUGAGCAGAUAGAACGAAGAAUCGGCUCAAAAAAAAUUUUGGUUGUUAUUGAUGACUUGGAGGACCCGGAAAAAUUUGAGUCACUGGUGAAAUCAUUCGCUCCCGGGAGUGUAGUUAUAAUAACUACAAGGGAUAAAGAAAUACUUGAUGUGAUUGAAGUAGAAACUCAAUACAAGGUUAAUGAGAUGGGUGACGCUGAGGCAGAGACACUAUUUUUUAGACAUGCAUUUGGAGAUACUAAACCCAACGAUGCUAUAAGGAUAUUGUCUAAAGACGUUCUACGUCUUGCUGGGGGACUCCCCUUGGCUCUCAAGGUUUUCGGCUCGUACUUGUAUAAGAGACCUGAGGUUAGAUGGAAAUCUUACAUUGAGAGACUGCAGCGAGAUCCUGACAGCAGCAUCGAGCAAAGACUUAUAAUUAGCUUGGAAGCCAAUGGUUCAGAUGAUCCCCUGCUGAAGAAGAUGUUCCUUGACAUUGCUUGUCUUUUCAUUGGAAGGACGAAAGAAAAUUUGGUUGAAAUAUUGUAUACUUACUAUCCCUAUGCAGAUGAUAAAAUUGAUAUUCUUGAGAAAAGAAGUCUAUUAACGUUCAAUGUCAAAAACGAAGUACGAAUGCAUGAUCUGCUUCGGGAUAUGGGAGAGAAAAUCGCACGUAACAACACUCCUGGUGAGCCUGGAAAGCAUAGUAGACUAUGGGUAGAAAAAGAUAUAUGCGAUGUGUUGGAGAAAGACAAGGGAACAGAAGCGAUUGAAGGUAUCUUGCUCGGCCAGUUUGAUGAUGAUUUUGACAGGCUUAUAUUGGAUUCCAUUCCUGAUCUAUUAGAGAAAGUAUCGUUUUCCACGGAAAGUUUAAGAAGAAUGACUGGAUUAAGAUUUCUUUACUUGAAUGGCAGUUAUUUAAUUGGAAAGUUUAAAGGGACGCUAGAAGAUUUGAGGUGGUUUUGUUGGAUUAACUGUCCUUUAAAGUGUUUACCUUUCGACUUUUGCCCUCAGAAACUUGUUAUUCUUGAGCUGCCAAGGAGCAAAUUGACAACAAUGUGGGAGGUUUCCCAGGAAAUGACUACAACCCUAGAUUUUAGAGGACUACCGCGUCUUGAAAAUUUGAAAACUCUAAACAUGUCCUUUUCUGAAGACUUAACUACCACCCCAGACUUUAGAAGACUACCGUGUCUCGAAAACUUGUAUCUUCAGGGCUGUGUAAGUUUGAAGGAGGUCCAUGAAUCAAUUGGAAGUUUGGCGAGGCUUGUUUCCUUAAAUUUGGAGGGUUGUCUAAGCCUAAGAAGUCUUCCAAUAGAAUUAGGGAACAUUAAAUCCCUAAAAGAGCUCAAUGCUUCCGAAACAAGGUUUCCGAAAUUACCAGAUUCGAUCGGAAAUCUUAGUAAGCUUGUUAAGCUGGAAUUAAUUCGAGAUUGCGAGAGGGAACUUGAAUCUCUUCCAAACACCAUUUGCAACUUAAUAGAACUGAAAGUUUUAAAGGUUACUGUGAAAGCAUUGCCAGACAGCAUUUGCAACCUGAGAUCAUUGGAAAUUCUUGACAUAGAAUCAAGUGAUACACUAGAGAGGUUACCUGAUCAACUGUGGAAGCUUACAAGCUUAUUGGAGCUAAAUGCAUCUAUUACUAGUUUAGAGAAAGUUCCUGACAUAGAAUCAAGCCAGACUUCAUUACCAUUGACAAAGUUGGAUUUAUCUUAUAGUGCAAUCACUGCCCUGCCCUCCGGUAUUAGUCAGCUCUCAAACCUAGAAUGUCUUUAUCUUGCGCAAUGUCAUCAUCUGUUGUCCAUAACAGAACUUCCUCCUAAUCUGAAGUACAUUUCUGCGAACAACUGUCCAUCUUUGGGAAGAUUGAAUCUAUCCAAUUUGAAACUGUUGCGGGAGUUGCACCUCAGAAAUUGCAGUGAUUUGACAGAGAUUUUAGGCCUGGAGGAACUCACUUCUUUAGAUGAACUGUUGUUGAAAGGUUGCCGCCCCUCUCUACUGACACAUACUUUAACGAAGCCAUUGUUCCAGAUGUUCUCUGGUUUUGAGAAAAAAAUCAAUAUUUCGGUUGGCGUGGAAGACUUUCCAGAUUGGAUUAUUCCAGAUGAAGAUGGAGAUGCGUCAUGUUCUGUGAACUCUUUCGAAGAAACUUCAGAUGGAGACGCGUCAUUAUCUGUGAAUUUGCGACCAAACUUGUCACACAAUUACUUGGGGAUGAUUCUCUGCUUUGACCAGCGAUAUUACGAUGCCUGUUAUUCUGUUAUGACUUCCACAAGUAAUAUAUUAGAGAGCCGUAUAUAUGACUCAGGUAUAGUAAUAGUUCCGAGAUCAAUCUUUAGAGUCACAGAUAGCGAUCAUACAAUCAAACUUACAUCAAAAGGAGUAAGUGGAUAUUGGAUUCAUCUACUGUACAAAAACGAGGACAACACAUUUGCACCCAGACUUUGGAUGCAUCUACUGUACAAAAAUGAGGACACCAGCAUCACUCACAUUGUUGCAGAUGCAGGAUUCCUCUAGAGGAAGCAAGGAAAAGAAAAGAGGAAGACGAGAAAAAGAGGAGGAGAAUGACAUCGAAUUUUUAUUGGAUUUGAAGUUGAGGUUGCAAGGCGGGCUAUGGGGAGAACGCAACUUGUGGACUUAGAAGAGUUCGCUUUAUGGAUUGUAUCUUUUGUAGACUUCUAGAAUUUUAUUCGAAUUUAGUGAUUGUGGAUUAAAUUUGAAUUUGAAUAUAUUAUUUUUAGUUUCAUGGAAUGUAAGUUGGAUUUGUUCGAAUUGAGUUUUUUAUUGAUAUACUAUGGACUCUUAAUUAAUUAAAUUUGAACUUGUUUAGUA